AUGACCCCUAAAUUAUAUAAAGAAGAGGAGGAAUUGAUUGCAAAGGCCCUCAGUGCCAAAUUAUCGCGUGAAUAUGGGGUGUCUCGCAAAAAACUGUCUCGUCGGUGGCAUGGCUUACCCUCUCGCUCAACACGCCCACCUACGAGGCGCCUAUUAUCUCUAGAUCAAGAAAAGGCACUUAUUCUAUGGAUUGAGUAUCUAGAUAAUAUAGGCGCGCAUCCUACGAAUCAGCAAAUUGAGGAAAGUGCGAAUUAUUUGCUCGGCAAAGAUUUCAGGGGUCCAGGAGAGCCCCCUCGCGCCGGAAAAAAUUGGGUACACGAUUUUAUCAAGCGCCUGCCAAAACAGUAUGUACGAAUCGUUCAAAAACCUCAAGAAAAGGAGCGUACCGUCGCAGAGCAUUAUGGCGAGGUUGAGCGCUGGUUUAUUGACCUCGAGCUCGCUAUACAACAAUACAAAAUUCGCCCUCAAAAUCUGUGGAACUUCGACGAGACCGGAUUCAUUGUUGGACAAGGAAAAGAUGAAGCGGUGGUAACAGCAUAUCCAAAAACAUCAAAAAGGGUAUCUAGCCUGUCCUCUCGAGAAUCAAUUACUAUCAUUGAGGGUAUAAAUGCCGAAGGAAAGAUUAUACCACCUUUAUUGAUUCCAAAAGGCAAGGUCCAUUUGGAGGAAUGGUACCGGCAUAUAAAAGAUGACGACUGGCUAGUUGCACCUGCUUCGAAUGGAUUUAUCACAGAUGAGAUCGCAUUCGAAUGGCUUCAACACUUUGACCACUUCUCUAGGCCCGGGGCCUUCCCGGAUUGGCGGUUACUUCUUAUGGAUAAUCAUACAACUCAUCUUACUAUACAGUUCGUGCAAUAUUGUGAAAUUUGGCACAUUCGCCCAUUCCGAUUUCCGCCUCAUUCUACGCAUUUUUUACAACCACUCGAUGGAGUGCCAUUUCAGCAAUAUAAACAUGUUCAUGGACGGGUUGUGAACAAGAUUGCACGCUUAGGUGGCUUCGAUUUUGAUAAAAACGACUUUUUUGAAGAAUUACGCGAUAUCCGGAUAAAGACUUUUACCACACGAACAAUUCGGCACGGCUGGAGAGAGCGAGGAAUUUGGCCUCUUAAUCCUCGGCUUAUACUUGAUACGAUGCUUCAGCCAGAUGAAGCAUUUGAAGCACUUGUUGCUGAAGGGGAUGCACUAAAAAUAUAUGGCGAGGCGGAUGACACUAUUCCCAGCUCACCAACUACAAAAUCAAUAUCUCCACCGUCAACCGCCGUAAAACUACGUCGCUAUGUCAAUAAGAUUGAAAAAAUCGAUUGACAGUAUAAAGGAUAUUCUUGAUGAAGUAAGCCCGGGCCUUUCACGCCGUAUAAAGGUGGUUAAUCAAGGCAGUCUCACCUUGGCCGAAUUAGGCGAUCUACACCGUGAGAGCUUUGCCAAGG